GGUUUUGUUUCGAAUAGUCGAAGUUUGUAAGAAGGAAGUGUAAGAAUGGCCGAAAGAAGAAAAAGUCUCUUAAUUACCUAUAUAUUGUGGAUUCUAUGGGGCUGGUUAGGAGUACAUCAUCUUUACUUGGGUCGUGAUAUUCAAGCGUUUGUAUGGUGGUCUACGGUCGGAGGAGUUUGUGGAUUUGGUUGGUUUCGUGAUCUGUGGCGAAUUCCAGCAUACGUAGAAGAUGCAAACUUGGGCCCUGAUGAAGCUGAUGUUCUCAAAAAGAAAAUAAAAAGUGGUAAAGAACCUCCCUUCAAUGUGUCUAGAUUUGCUGGUCAGAUGUUGGUGGGACAUUUUUACGGUAUCUUAAUGCGUGUGGCGAUCCCUGACUCAUUGCCAAAGCUGACAAUUGGUAUUUUGGUUCCUAUUGCUGUUGCAGCCGGCGUGUAUCUUGUAGGCAACAUAGGAAGAGAAAGAGGGGAUUUCAAAUAUGCAUUCAUGGGCUGCAUCUCGUCUUAUGCUGUUAUAACCUUUCUUACUAGUGAUGAACCAGGCAACAUGUAUGUGGCUUUGUUUGGAGCCAUGUCCUUCCAGUACAAACGUGAAUACAAGAAAGAGAUUCAACCAACAAAGAAAACAUUGUGGAAACGUCUACAGAUAUUAGGCCUUGGUGCACUAAUUAUUUUUGCCUUGUGGUGCUCUUUCUUUUAUUUUAACGCUGAGGUGACAACGGAAGAUGGUGAGAAAAUCAAAUUAAGAGAUGCUGUAAAUCAUUUCUUUAACUCUCCUGUUUGGAUGGAGUUCAAGGAUACAAUUAAGCAGUUAUAUGAUGAAGGUCAAAGGAAUGGAUGGGACAAACUUUAUGAUGAUUUUGUAAAAGCAUUAGAUCCUAGAGGAGAACAAAAUGCAUAUAAAGUUUUAGGUCUUACAGAAAAUGCAUCACAACAAGAAAUUAGGAGACGCUACAAAAAGCUUGCUGUUAUGUGGCACCCAGAUAAAAACCCUGACAACAAAGAGUUGGCCCAGAAAAAAUUUAUGGAAAUCCAAGAAGCAUAUGAAAUUCUUUCGCAAAUCAAAUCUGCAAGAGCAAGCAAAAACUCAGAAAGUAGAUCAGAUAAAGAUAGAUCAGAGUUUUAAUUGGUGAAUCAUCAUUAGCAUGGGUUAUUGUUUAUUUAUAAACAGCUGAUUCAAUUGAUUACACAUGGUAAAACAGGUUGACUAAUAAAGUCUUAGCCAAAACUACAUGUGGCUAGCUUGUGGCAGUUUACUUGAUAUUCCUUCAAUGCUGUACAAUGAAAUAUACAAAUAUAGAUUAGGAUAGGUUUAGAAAAUGCCAAUUUUUUUAAUUUUCCUUUCUUCAGAGGUCACGCUUCCCUUAAAUUAAUAACUUAGUUUCUGAAAACCAUUAACUUUUAAUCUGAUUCCAGUAUCAACAUAUUGUCAUAUAGAUAUUGUACAUGAAACAAUCAUUUCUAUAUUUGGAAGGGUAGCAAAUCUCAAUUCAGAUUUUCGAAUCCAAAAUAAACAAUAGGUGAUGAUUGCAGCAAUAUAACAUGGGUUAGGCAUGAUGGGAAGUGUAGUUUGCACUCUGUUAUAUUGUCAGAUAAAACUAAUUUUAAAUUCAGUUGUUUUAUUUGCAAAUAGUUUUAGCAAUUGUGCUCGAAAAUGGAUUUAGGGAAUUAAGUUAGCAGAAGACAGCUGACUAUGACCUAAAAGAUAAACUGAUAUAUACAAAAUAGUGAGUACUUUGACUUUUAAUAAUGUUUUCUUAAUAGUAAUACCUAUUUAUUUUAUAUAAUCUCACUUUGUAAAAUUUGUUAUGAUUUGUAUAAACAUAGAAAAA